AAAGGAAGGAUGAGAGUUCCAUGUCUUGGCAGUGGUGCAUGUUUUACUGUAAGAAUUAUGAUUAUAUGGGACUGGAGUUUGGUGACGAAUGCUUCUGUGGAGAUAAUUCUAACUAUUACAGGCAUGGUGAUGGUGAAUCUGGCUGCAGUAAGACGUGUGAAGGAAACAGAUAUGAGGCUUGUGGUGGAGCAGAUCGCAUUCAAGUCUACAGAGCAAAAAAAGCUCUGUGCUCCAAGCCUGGUCAACCAAGUCAUGGAUCAUACGACGUAUCCAAACCUUACAGUUACGACCUGGGUGACUAUGAAUAUGAGGGUGCUGUUUUACGAUAUAACUGCCUCAGAGGUUACUAUUUUCCUGCCAAGCCCCCAACUGUCACAUGUGUGAUAGGAAAGACAUGGAGCCCUGCCCACAGCACCUGCCGAGCAUGUAUACCAAUACCACACUGUGAUGCUGGUGAGUUGCAUUGCACCACUGCCACUGACCAACAAUGUGACCGGUGUGAUGGAGACUAUGGGCCCACCAUUGGAGCAGCCUACUCAAGAGUCAAUUAUGGAAAAGAGUGUAGAAAGCAGUGUUCUUGGAGGACUGACAGCAAUGCCUGCUACCCAGGCUCCUGCAGAGACGCAAAGUGCACAUGCAGCAGUGGAUUCUCAGGAACAGACUGCAGAACAAUGGUCAGCAGUCAAGCACCAGUCUUAUCAGAGUACCGUGCUACCCUUCAAGAGGGGACGACAAAUUUAGAAUCUCCUGCAGUCCAGAACAGUACAGCCACGGUCUACACCAAUGUUCACAACUUUGAGAGCUUGAUGAUCAAUUGGAUAAGCUCCUACCAACCGACUGGACUUCCAGACCCUUCUGCCGGUGGACAUCCGUACAUCAAAAAAGUUGGGUUGGGUGUGGUGGAGGCAACAGUUGAUGCUGUUGUGAAUCGAGGGACAUCAAUGAUAUAUCAGAUCUUAUCACAACCCUGCUCACGAACAAGUGGAGUGAUUUUUACUCGAGACGACCCUGCUACAGACCUAGUUGUCUGUGAAAACACAAACAACUUGAACUACAAUCACUGGACCCCAGCAACUGGAGAUGUACUGAGAUAUGAUGUAUUCACAACCAAUGGUGGGUACCUGAAACUCUACGACAGAGACUCCUCCGAUACCAUCAUCACACGCUACUAUAAUGGACAGACAGUUUCUAGGAGUUCAACUUUCACCUUUGACUUUGAUGACCCCUACCACUGUGUGGAUGUCGGCAGUGGAUGUCGAACCACCAUGCUGAAUGCAGGGAACGAUGUCACCUCACAGGCUACUGUGACAGUCACUUGGCAAGGCUGGGCAGAUGAUCUCGCUGACAUCAAAGAAUACGAUCUGCUGGUGCGACAGCUGUCAGGUAGCCAUGGCAGUGAGAUGACAGAAAUCUUUGACAGUCCGGCUGUUUAUGAAGGAGUAGCUAGCUCUGGGCAGACUGUCACCCUGCCCCAUGUUGGUGUUUACUCCGUCAUCCUUACUGCUGUUGACAACGCUGGCAAUGUGAAACUCAGCAGGCGUUUUGUCUUCUUUGACGACAAUCCCGAUGAUGUCACUGUGCAGAGCAACGCAUCUGUGCGAUUACUUUCAGCAAAUGAAGAAGCCGACUACGAGUGGUUGAUUGACCUCGACUCCAGCGGAGGGAUGACAUCAGUAGUUCUUGAUUGGAUGAACAGAUUCGUUAAUAUUCAUCACCUGAGUCAGGGAUUGCUGAAACCCAUAGGGAAUUACGUCAGCGCUACUAUUGACAGUGAUUACGACCAGAACUUUGGACUUCGUGGCCGUGCAGCCAUCCCCAAUGCCCUUGGCGUGACAGAAUUCCGCGUCUUUUACGACAUUGACCACAGCGGUGGCAGGACCACUGUCAACGUCAGCGACGACAACUCAGACCACUGGAGUAAUGAAGCUGCAAACACACAGGCGACCUACGACCUGACCCUAGUGGACGGUGAUUCCAUUCGGUUCUGGGUUGAGGCUAGGGACCUAGUCGGUCACUUUGUGAGGGACAGCGCGUUGGUGCACGCUGAUUCAUCCCCGCCUAUAAUUGAAGACUUCUGGCUGGUACGGGACGGGGAGGUGAAUCUAGCCAUUCAUAACGCAGUUGAAUUGCAUAAAAUGAGUGUUGAGUUCAGGACAUACGACAUUCACAGCGGUAUCAGAACCAUUGAAUGGCUUCUCUUUGACAACUACACUGGCAUAGAAAUGGAAUAUGGGAACCAGACUCUUCCAGAUAACGACACUGGGCCACAGAUGGUACAUGGCCAUGGAAAAGUAGCUGCAAGAAAAUUGCACACGGAGGAUUGUGAUCCAGUCAGCUGUAUGUGUGUCCCAGUCGGUGACUGUUACGCUGUAGACUACGGUUUUAAGCCAACCUUUCACAUUGGUACCCAUGACUACGAUUACUUCAUCACUCUGACGGUUACCAACCAUGCAAGAAUGGUAACCACCCAGACAAUCCAGAUAACAGUAGACACGUCAGCCCCCCAAGCUGGUGUGGUGCAUGAUGGGAUACGUGGAUCCAAUGAGGUAGACUUUCAGGAAGGCAAUGACCUCUCAGCUCACUGGGAGGGGUUCUUUGACAAGGAGAGCGGGGUCAAGUUCUACCAGUAUCUGUUUGAUGAUUCCUGCUGGACCGGUAAUACAUCAAUCAGCAGUGUCAGAGAUUCGAUGAACAGAACAACCUCCACGCAUGCAAGUUGGACAGCGCCCUCACCUGGCCAGUACUACGUCACCGUCAUUGCUUACAACCGAGCCCUGGAACCCUCGGAGGCCGUCUGUUCUGACGGUGUCGUCAUCGAUACCAGCCCUCCUGAGUUGACCCAGAUUGCUAUCAGCUAUGCCCGGAUGGGGCCUGGUCUAGCUAAGGAUGUUGAGGGUCGGGUGUGGUUCAUCAACGAGCAUCGCAGGAAGAUAGAGCUGAUGAAUGCAUCCAGUGACUGCAGUGCUAAGGCUGCUGUGGUAGAUGAUUUGUCUGUUUAUCCUGAGAUGUCUGGCACCAACGACACCUCAGCAAUUCUCCAAGGAGACUUAGACUGCCUCUGGAUCUCAGCCGUCCAGCAGAAGUUCUACCUCCCGAUCAACAAACACGUGAUAAUUUCUUGGACUGGAGAGGAUGAAGAAAGCUCAAUCUAUGACUUUGAGAUCGGUCUGAGCACUGACCCCUCCAAUCCGACCCCUGACCUUGUGACCUUCAUGUCAACAUCGGGUCAUGAUCACUUUGUGAUGUACCAUCCUCAUAUCAGCCAUGGAGCUGUGUUCCAUCUGGUUCUGAAGGCGAUCAACAAGGCUCAGUUAUCUACAUUCAAGGUAAUUGGGCCAAUUAUUGUGGAUACCACCCAACCCAUGUUUGAUGGGCAUGUCUCGGUCCAUGCGGAGGAUGAAUACUUGAUUGCUGAAUGGGGAGAUAGUGGCUUCAUUGAUGAUGAGGAUACCAGCCUGAGUUACAAAGUUGCCAUCGGGAGCAGUCCAGGUGGCACGGAAACUCUUGAUUUUCAGUCAGAAAAAGACUACAAAAUGGGACCAUGUACAUCUCUGACAUCCUGCGCUGCGUUCUUAUUGGCUGACCUAGACUGGCAUCUCCAUGGUGAUCAUGAGUAUUACGUUACAGUCAGAGCACAGAAUGGUGCUGGGUUAUCUAUGGUGGGGACGUCAUCAGUUUAUAGACACAUCGUGCAGUUACCAUCCCUGGGUGUUGUAUUGGAUGUCGCACCUCCUGGAGAAGGUGCAGUCGUCAACUUGGGGGUAGCCAGAGAUAUCGACGUUCAGAUGGACACCACAAGCAUCUCAGGCCGUUGGUUUGGUUUUGAGCAUCCUCAUCUUGAUAUCAACUAUGAGAUUGCCAUCGGAUCGGAAUAUGGUGCUUCUGAUGUCAGCGGAGGUUUCAUUGAUGUCGGCAACGCAACCUCCUAUCGAUUGGAUGGACUGGAUCUCACACCACUCACGACCUAUUACGUAACCAUCCGUGCCAACUCUGAAGCAGGUAGCGUCAACCUUACUUCAGAUGGUGUCAAAGUCAUUCAGGCGGGUCAGGCACUGGAGGGAGCUGUGGCCAAAGACGGACUGGGCUGUGGUCAAGAAGAAAUGUCUGCACCAUCAGGAUUUUCUCAUCACUCAUCCGCUGCUCAUCAACCGUGUCAGGAAGACAUCACCUACCAGGCCUCCACCUCUGACAUCUCAGCUCGUUGGACCAUCCCUGAGAUGCUGCAGCCCUAUGUGACUAACAUCAUCUGGGCAGUUGAGCAGGAGGUUGAGAUUUAUUUUGAUGAUGAGCAAUCUACAACCGUGUGGAUCCCAGUGCUCGAUGAUCAAGAUCUCGGCAUGGCAUUUCAUCAUGUUGGAGAUGGUAUAGGGUUGAACAGUGGAGCUCACUACAGAUCAAAGGUUCAAUUCUGCCACGUGAGUGUCUGCUUCCAACCCAUCGUCACCGACGGAUUCUGGGUAUUGUCACAACCUCCCGAGGUCGGUCAGAUCACAGUCAUUAGCACUGAGACUAUGCAAGGAAGGACAGAGCUCCAUGUGGUCUUCCAUCUAUUUGCACAUGAUUACGUCCGUCAUGACGACCCGCGAGAACUGAUGGAUUUCUAUGAGUGGAGCAUUGCUGAGGAUGGUAGUGAUGGAGCACUGCUGAGUCCGUGGAUGAGAAUCUAUGAUUUGGUGCUGACUGGAGAUGUGGCUUGCUUCACAGCAUCCCACAGCGGGUUGCUAGACCUAGAUAUCUGUCUCCGGUUAUCAGUGAGGGGCUACAAUAAGGCUGGUCUGUCUUCCAUCGCCAGCACGGAGAUUGUUGACUGUGAUGACGUGAAGCUGAUCGUCCCCCAUACUGUCAUUGAUGCUGAUCAUGAAGUCAUCAUUGAGCAGAAUGCAUUGUGGCGGGAACCAGACAAGAAUUAUAUCUCAUCUACGUCUUCAUUAUCAGCAGUCUGGCCUACUCUACGUCAUAGGGCCUACACCUGGGCCGCCAUUUUGGAUACCGGAUCCUCUGCAUUUGGCAACUUGGACGAUGGUCUGCAGUAUCCCUGCGAUCAUCCAAGGGCGAAGGCUUGUGGGGAAACAGAUAAAGAAUUUGUCAACGUUCGUGAUUUGGUCCUACAUUAUGGCCAGCGCUAUCGCAUUUGCAUCCACGCCGAUGAAGUGACAUUGGAGCAUGAGUUUUGGAAUGAGCCACUGCCUGCUGUGUCCAGCUGUAGCGAUGGCGUUGUCAUAGAUACGACCCCACCGACCUCUGGCUCUGUUUGGAUUGGGUGGGAUCAGCAUCAAACUUACCAAAGUUCUGUGUCUGAGUUAGUUCUUCAGUGGGAGUCCUUUACUGACAUUGAGGAACACGGCAUGGCACGACAUCACUCUGGGAUCAAACACUAUGAAUAUGCCAUCGGUUCAGAGCGAGGUGGUGGCGACGUGAUUGAUUUCACCCGUGUUGGAAUCACCGACAGUGUUAUAAUACACAACAUGAGAUUACAGAAUGGUCAUAGUUACUAUGCUACCGUUCGAGCGACUGACUUUGUAGGUCUGUCGUCACAAGCAAUGUCAGACCCAAUCACAAUUGAUACGUCACCGCCUGUCGUCAGUGCUGAUCAUACGUUGGACAUUGGAGGCAGCUUCAUCCGAUCUACAACUUCCAUCUCAGCAAGGUGGGAGAAUGUAUUCUCCGACCAGGAGAGUGGUGUAGCGUAUUACGAGUGGGCGGUCGGAUCACAUCCAGGUCAUGCAGACAUCAUGCCAUUUACUAGAGAGAGUACAGAGAAUGGAGUCAGUGGCGCAUCACGACCUUUGCUUCUUCAAGAAGGUCACUCGUAUUUUGUUUCAGUCAAGGCCAUCAAUACUGUAGGCCUGAUUACAAUAAAGAGUUACGGAGCAUUCACAGUUGAUGCAAGCCCGCCAUUGGUCGGCCACGUAUUUGACGGAAACCCAGCGAACGCCUCGGCCAAUCACAGAGACCGAGACUUCCAGGAGGAUCGUACGGUGAUCAGGGCAUUCUGGGAAGGGUUUCAUGAUCCUCACAGCGCCAUCGUUGGAUAUUCCUGGAGAGCUGGGAUAUGUCGAGGGUGUAGUGAUAUCAUACCAGAGCAGCUUGUGGGCUUGAACACUUAUGUCACUGCGGAGAACCUGAACCUAGUGCCCGGUCUGAUCUACUAUGUGACGGUGGCGGCUUGUAAUGCUGCCGAUCUUUGUACCUCAGUGACCUCUGAUGGGGUCAUGGUGGAUGACUCGCCCCCGGUAGCGGGGAGUGUGUAUGACGGCGGUCCUGAGGGUGGAGAUAUCACCUACCAAUCCUCAAGGGUCCAGCUCCGAGCUCACUGGUGGGGUUUUCAUGACCCUCACUCAGGCCUCUCUCACUACGAAUGGCGCGCUGGCACAGCACCAGGAGCUGAAGACAUUCUUCCCUCUAUGCGCAUUGAGCUGUCAGAAGACGCUCUGAUAUUCCUGUCAGCAUCAGACCAGAUGCCAAACGACACCGACAUGUACGUCACGGUGCGCGCCUAUAACCGGCUUGGUAUGUGGAGUCAGGCUACAUCUAAUGGGUUCCGUGUAGACUCUAGUCCACCUGAUGUGCUGGAAACACCUGCUGUUGACGAGACACGAGGCAUGGCUGUCAACAAUACUCAGGUUUUGCGGGAUGUGAUUCACUUUUCCUGGAAGUUCAAUGACCCUGAGAGCGGUAUUAAGGACCAGUUUGUAUCCGUCAACACACAUCAUAAUGGAGAUGUCAAUAUACCUCCAAUAAAGAUUGCGGGGAGUGAGUUGGACCACACCUUCACCAAUCUGACAUUACAUGAAGGCAGUCAUUACGUCAUCACCGUCGUGGCUUGUAACUUUGCUGGCCUCUGCACACAGGCCAAGACGGAGCCUUUAUUGGUUGAUGGUAGUCCACCGUCUGUUGGGACGUUUGCCGUGGGUACAGAGAGUGCUGCUGACUUGGAUCGUCAUCAUAUCAUCUGGAUUGAUCCAACCGAACCAGUAACACCACCUAUCACAGACGCAAACCUACAAACCACAAUUAAUGGCACCAAUUUUACCGACUCAACCAACUUCACUGCCGAGUUUGCUACCACAACUGACUCAACCAACUCUACCGCUGAUUUUGACAACACUACCGAUUUUGACAACACCACUGAUUUUGACAACACCACUGAUUCAUCAACAAACUCCACCACUGAUAUUGCCAACACCACUGACUCAAUCAGCACCACGACCCAGAGUCCACCAACCACCCCAUCGCCCCCACCCUACCACUCUGGCUGGAUGACGUGGGUAGAAGACCCCCGCACAUCCCUUGGUUCCUUGGCCCUUGCCUGGCUGGGAUUUGCUGAUGUUCACUCUGGUAUCAGCCACUACUUGGUCUCCAUCGGACGCACGUAUGGCGGCUCGGAACUCACUCUGAGUGGCCCAGUCCGUGUUAAUCAUAGCUAUGACGGCAUGUCAUUGGAUGAGGGCAUCGCGCAGACAGCCAUCAUAACACUAGAGGGCAGUAUAACGGAUUUAACUCCUCCGUAUCUCUACAUCUCCAUCUGGGCUGUCAAUGGGGUCGGUCUACCAAGCACUCGCCAUCAUUCUACUUUUGAGGCUUCCCCUACUUCACAAAACGAGGGCGCUCUUGUCCUGCUGCGUCGCUGCAUGCCUACAACAUGCGAAGGCCACUGUGCAUGUGCACCCAUUCAUCAAGGGUGUCUUGUGAUUCCGCAAUGCACUGAUCUAACUUACAAUAAUUCCAACACUGAGAUCGAAGUUCUGGAUGUACUGGAUCUGAUGCCCAAUGAUAUCGAUACCAUGAUUGAUAUUGAUGACACAGCCACUCAGUACAUGGCAGCGGCAUUCUGGCAAGCCAGUGAGCAGAAAGGACUGGACAUCAAGUGGUAUGAGUGGAGUAUUGGUGAUGAUAUGUCUUCAGACUUUGAGCCAACAGGUGUCUUUGAUCCAGCCUUAGAAAGAAUGUGGUUCGACGUUGGACAGGACAAUCAUACUAUAAUCAUGCUUGACAAAGAUCGAAAGCUUAAAAGAGACUUAACAUAUCACGUGUUCGUCCGGGCCUGGUAUGACGCAACUACAUAUGCAGUGUUUAGAUCAGACGGCAUUACACCUGAUAUCACACCGCCAAAAAUAUCAACAAUCAGAGGCACAAAGGUGAAAGAUCUUGUGAGACCGGAUGCAAACAAAGACACUGAUUACUUAAAAGAUCCUAAUGUUGUCUCUUUCUCCUGGGAGGGGGUGUUUAAAGACAAUGCAACAUCCCACUUCCAGGUUUCUUUAAGUACCUAUCCGGGAGGUGAAGAUAUUCGCCAAUUUGCUGACUUCUUCUUCCCAGUCAGUGUUUCGUCCACACAGUUGACCAGCCUGAACUUACAGAGUGGACUGCGAUACUACAGCAAUGUACGAGCAUUCAACAAAGCUGGUCUGCACACGCUCAGAAGCAGUGACGGUUUCGUGGUGGAUACCAGGAGGCCAGAUCCAGGCCUGGUCUUUGAUGGCAUAGAUCUUCACGAUGUAGAGUACCAGAACUCCAGCAUGGUCAUCUCAGCCUCCUGGCAUGGCUUUGUGGAUCUGGAAUCCUACGUAGACCAUUAUGAGUGGUGCGUUGGACAGACCCCUAGCCCUGAAGAUGAUGGGGUCCUGCCCUGUACAAGUGUUGGAAAUCACCUGUCUGCCUCCAAGACUCUAGCUGUACCUCUCACAAAUGGCAUCCGGUAUUACUCCAAGAUCUCAGCUAUCGACGCUGCCGGCCUACAGUCUGAAUCAGUUUCUUCAGACGGGUUUGUAGUGGACACUUCACCCCCUGAGCCGCUAGAACACAUCCAUUUAGGGGAGAACUUGAUCCAGAAUCCAUCGUUUGAAGAAGGUAUGGAUACUGUUGAGGAUACACAGCUGCCUGAAUGGGAUGUUGGAUCUGUUAGCCAGGUUUCUGUCAUCACAUCAGGUAAGAAGAUUGCUCAAGAUGGACGUUCUUUCUUGUCUCUUCAUGGCUCUAUCUCCCAAACCUUCAACACAACACUAAGCAGCCACUACCAGGUUGCACUCUUCGCGAGUCACAUCGUGUCAUCCCACAACCCUUUGCUGAACCAGGAAGGUCGCAUUCAGAUACCAAGUUUGGAUCGGGUUUUCAGGUUGUAUGAUCGACCAACACACGGUCACUCAGACCAGAGCCUGAUGUCUAUCCUAUGGCAUCAGCACAGAUUUUACUUCACAGCCAGUGACGAUGUCUCAACAUUAACAAUCUCUUCAGUGGGAGAAUCAAAUGGAAUCUUGUUGGAUAACAUUCAGGUGAAGGAGAUAACCACUGGACCGAGUACCGGUGAUGGGUCCGUAGAAGUCCAUACUCAGUUCAUUCACAGCUGGUCGUCAAUCCAGGCCAAGUGGCAUUUUAUUGACCCUGAGAGUCCAAUAGUGGACUACAGCUGGGCUAUAGGAACCACGAGAGGUGGCACCCAGCUGCGAAUCUUCACGUCUGUAGGUACACAGACAGAUGCUAUCAACACAGACCUCAACAUGGCGCAUGGCUCCUAUGUCUACAUCACUGUGAUGGCGAGAAAUGCAGCCGACCUCGUCACCAUUGCAACCUCUGACCCCAUACUGAUUGACCUAACGCCACCACUGAUUUAUUUUGUCUCUGACGGUGGGGAUGCGCAAGAUGUUGACUUCAGUGCGGAUGAUUCUUCUCUGAUCUUCAGUUGGUCGGCAUCUGAUCCCGAGAGUGGAAUCGAUCACUGUGAAUGGGCAGUUGGAUCAGAACCUGGACUUGAUGACAUCCUACCAAGCUCAUCGUCUCCUAACGACACUUCCACUGUCACCACCAGCCUGACCCACGCUAUGGUUGAAGGCCAGCGACUGUACGUCUCCGUUACAUGCUACAAUCAUGCUGAGAAGUCGUCAUGGAAAUCAUCAGAUGGUGUUACCAUAGUAACGGUGCCCCCAAGCUCAGCGGGAGCUGUAGUCAAUGUCAAGACACUGUCAGAGACUCAGCAUGAAACACGUGACGGGUACCAGUCACAGAGGGAUGCUCUCCAGGGAUCUUGGGAUGGAUUCAUGGAUCCAUUUGGAAUUCAGUCCUAUGAGUGCUUUCUUAGUGGACCGAACGCAUUCACCUCCUGGAGACCGUGUGGAUCCACAUCAGAGACCCACCUUGAUUGGUCAGGUCUUAGCCUGGUUGAUGAUGCGCCAUAUAGCCUGUCAGUCAGAGCCGUCAAUCAUGCUGGUUUAACCAGCCAGGCUAUCACAAGCAACUUCACCGUGGAGUCUGCAGAGCCUGUCGUAGGAGCCUCAAGCCUGAUCAAAUAUUUUUGGCGUGGUGAAGGGACGGUUGAUCUUUCCUGGGAUGGCUUGUACUCCUCCCCUUCCUCCUCCUUGGUCUAUGAGGUAUCUCUGGGUACCAUCCCAGGAGGUAGUGAUAUCAUGCAGUGGGUGGAGACCAUGGAGACUGGUAUGCGUGUCUCACCGCUGGCUCCCUACACCGACUACCACUUGACGCUGACGGCCAUCAGCGCAGCUGGCUUGUCACGGACAGUCAAUAAGAUCAUUAGUGUGUAAAGGAUUUACAACGUCAAGAUGGAAAUGGUGCUUAACUUUGUUAUAUUGUAGUCCUAUAUUGUUUGAAAACAAAGUAACACACAUGCAAAGUAGAACAUUCAUUUGAAUAAUUAAUCAAGUUUAAAAGUACACAUGUUAGUCUGCUUCACGUAGUUUGCAACUGCUUUUCCCUUGAUAAAUCUGAGGUGAAUUUAUUAUUCAACAUUGUCUUUCUGUCACAGUAAUGUGUUCACAGGACAUUUGACAUUCCCAGCCGUGUAAGAAACAUAUUCUGGGAUCCUGAUACAGAGACGGAAUAUGGCAGACAGACAAUUGCAGCCAGGCAAAUCAAUCCAGUGAGGCACCUAAGACUUUUACAAAUUGCCAUACUUGUAUGCUAAAACCUUUAAUUCUCGAAUUAAACUUUUCUUUAACUUUUGGGAAAGAAAUUGUCUAAAAUUUGUAAGCGUCCAAUAAAACAGACCUUGCGCUAACUUUAUUGCUAGCUAACUGCAGAUUUUACUAACCGGUUCAAAGUUUUACUAGCCCGUUUAAAGUUUUACUAGCCCGUAUAAAUUUUGGGUUUUAUUCAUUUUUUUUUUCCGCUUUAAGACUAAGUUCUAUUUGGCGCACCAAUCAUGAAUUUGGCACUGUAGUAAUUAGUGAAUUAAUAAAUCAAAAUGACCCUCAUUUGGGUUACUGAAAUUUGGUAGAAAUUGCCACAUUUUGCUUAGAUAGUGAAUUAAGUGUGCCGUGCACGUGACGACAAUGAAAACAGUUUUGCAUUUUAGAGAGAGUGUUGCUUGUUCAAGACGCGGCUCUACAUAGACUUGUUUGUUUGUUUGUUUUAUUUCCUUCUGUACUAAAGACCUGUAGAUUUAACUACCAAAGUAUCAGACACUAUCUUAAGUGACUUCGUUUAACUGUAACGCUUUACAGCUGCAGCCAGUUAUUGUUGGAAAGGUUGAAAAACGAUGUGAACGAGAAUACUAGUGUACACAUUAAUUGUGCGGUACCGGUACCUCGCCGCGCUGCUGCGAGCUCUAUACUGUGAUAAGCUUUACUACAGCCUACUUUUCGUAUGCGGCGCAGCGAUCGCGAGUGUAUCAAGAACGCAUGCCAUAUCACGCUUUAAGUUGUCUAAAUCUAUAGCUAUAAAGUACCGAAGUGUGCUGCGUAUUCUGUUCCACGUGCACAGCUGAAGUGUGUGAAGACAUCAGCGCGCAAGUGAACCAGAACAAGCCGACGUCACACUCUAUAAUACACUUAAAAGCCUUCAAAAUUACCUUGCUUGUGUCUGCAGUUGCUGAAGUUAACACACAUAGUGAUCAAAUAAAGGCUAUAAUUAUAAACUAAGCAAUGAACUGAGG